CCUUGGGUUUGCUUGUUAUCGGGCAGCUGCGGAAUGCCUCCCGGUGUCUUUGCUUGCGGAUCCUCGAGCUUGGCACCGCAACUAAUUUGCUGCGGAUAGCAUAGCUCGAUAGUCAUGAUAGUUCAGGAUUAAUGCCGGAACUAUCUGAAGGAUUCGUUGAUUAGAGAGGCGUGAGAUCGACUGUUUUUGGACGAAUUUGCAGAAAAAAAAAACAAUGGGGUCCCUCUCUCGCUCCACCUUCAGUUCCUGCGCAAUCCUGUCUUCGCACUCUUACAAACCGAUUGGAGUCGCUGCCCUAACGCGACAGAUUUCAAGCGUUUGUAACCGGAGAAGUAGAAGCGGAGGGUUGCGUUUGCAGCAUUUGGUAAGGAGAGGCGCCCAUGGAGAUAGAUUUUAUUGCUCGUCAAGAAGAGCGCGGUGGGUUUCGCGAAGAGGAGGAUUUGAAUUAGGGGUUUCCCAGAGGAAUAGGGAAGGUAGACAUGGUGUGGUGUUCAGAGCGCGGGCUGGAAAUGGUGAGGAUAGCGAAGGGAGGGCGGGGAAUGAGGGUGGUCAGGGAAGUGGCGGAGCUUCUAGUUUGGGUGGCGGGGAUGGGGGGCUUUCCAGAUUGCAAGGUGCGUUCGCUCGUGGCUCCGCGAGGUUCUAUGAGAACAUCGUGGACGACGCGAAGAGAGAGUUGGGAGUCGACAUUGGCAGUGCUGUAGACAGCUCUAAUGCUCUGGUCGAUGCUUUCGAAGGAAUGGUGAAAACUAGUAAACAACGCGCGAAGGAGCUACAGAAAGAGCUCCAAGAGGCCAGAGCAGAGGCUCAGGAUAGUUUUGCUCUAGUGGAAGGGAAGUACUGGCCGCAGUUCGUCGAAUGGAAUCGUUGGGAGCUUUGGAAAGAUGUAAGGAGUUGGAAUGCUCGACGUAUUGGUGCAUUUAUCCUCUACGGAUUGCUUGUCGGGGCAAGUGUCCGAGGUGCGUAUUCUACAGUGCGAAGCGUUGGCAGCCGUGGCGCUAAGGAGACGAUAGCCGAAGCGUAUUUCGAAUCCACAAUUCCAGAGCCCACAGAAAAGAAUCUUCGAAAGUUAAAGAAGGAGCUGUGGAAGCAGCAGCAACCUGAAGGCUUUCGGGCUCGGAAGUAUGUUCGAGGCCCCGACGGAGAAUACAAACGAGAUCCGACUUAUGUGGGGGAGGAUGCUUGGACGGAGGAUGACGAUACGCCUCUGGGACAACUUAUUGCUCAUGGAAAUCUAAACGAUGAGGAGAAAGCAGAGCUGCUAGAGUUGCUCAAUGGAAACCGGGCAGAAAAGGGCCUGUCCCCUCUUAAUAGCGAGUUCAAGGAGGAAGGGUCUGCUGAUUCUUUGGAUGCUAGUCAUGACCCCCUCGUCGCAGGUACAAGUGCUGCGAUUACUGCUUCAGCAGGAGCUGCAUCGCAGGCAAGUUGGCAGGAACGCCUAAAGGCGUGGGAGGAGCUUUUGUUAAAGGAUAAGUUGAAGGAGAUGGCCGAGGAGGAUGAUGCUAAGUACGAGGUUAUAGUGAAUCCCCAUGAAUUGGGGGUAAACGAGUUGGAGGAGCAGUACUUGCAGGCAUCUCAACCAUCAAAGGAGUGGGCUUUCUGGGUGUCUCGACGGUGGUGGAAACAUCGACCUAAGAUGCCAUAUACAUACUUCUUAAGUAAAGUUGAAAAUCUUGAGGUAGCCGCAGCAGUUUACAGUUGUGAUACAAAGAAGCUUUACGUGACCAUGAAAGACGGCUUUCCAUCCGAGUAUGUGGUGGACAUUCCUGUUGAUCCUUAUUUGUACGAGGCAUUAACGAGAUGCGGUGUUGAAACUGAUGUCCUCGGUAAGAGCAACUUUGAGUUCUAUGGACGAGCUUUUCUGUCCUUAUUGCCAACUGUGCUGAUCAUUCUUUGCAUCCGAGCCCUACAAUAUCGCGCCAAAGAAGUCUUUUCUGAAAAAAUUUACGAUCUCCUCAGAAUGAACCGGAAGCAUUUGAUAUUGCCUGAAGAUGCAGCUGAUAAAGCAAAGUCUCAGUAUAAGGAUGUUGUUGUUGGUGGUGAUGUGUGGAUGGUUCUGGAAGAGGUUAUGUCCUACAUGCGUAACCCCUUGAAGUACCACAACCAAAAAGUCAAGCUUCCUCGGGGAAUCUUAAUCAGUGGGCCUCCGGGCACUGGAAAGACAUUGCUGGCUCGUGCUAUUGCCAGAGAAAGUGGUCUUCCAUUUGUGUUCGCAUCCGGGGCUGAAUUCGUUGAGUCUAGCACCGGCAACGGUUCUGACAAAAUUUUUGACAUUUUCUUCACCGCCAGAGCUAAUGCUCCCUCGUUUGUUUUUAUUGACGAAAUUGAUGCGUUGGCGGGGAAGAAUGUAAAUGAUGAUGCUGAACGAAGAGCUACCUUUCAACAAUUGUUAGCAGAGCUCGACGGAGAGCCAGAUGACACAGAUGUAAACAGAUGGUCACUACGACAAGCUGUAAUAUUGAUUUGCGCAACAAAUCGUCCAGAUGAGUUGGAUGAGUCUUUCAUGCGGCCAGGGCGAAUUGAUCGGGAGAUUCAUAUUGGUCUUCCUGGGGAGGAGGAACGCAUUUCUAUCUUUGGUGUUCACAGCAGUGGCAAACGUUUGGCAAAAGAUAUUGACUUUAGUAAGCUUGUGUAUCGGACACUCGGGUACUCAGGAGCCGACAUACGGAAUCUCAUCAAUGAGGCAGGCAUUAUGGCGGUUCGAAAUGGACAUGACGAGAUCACACAACAGGACUUGAUCGACGUGUUGGACAAGCAGCUUUUUGAGGGAAUGGGCGUGUCCAUGACUGAUGAUGAGCAGCAAAGAAUAAAACAAACUGUUCCCAUGGACAACAAGAGAAUACUAGCAAUUCAUGAGGCUGGGCAUAUCUUACUAGCUCAUUUGUAUCCUCGAUACGAUUGGCAUGCAUUUAGUCAUCUUCUUCCUGGAGGAUCUGAAUAUGCUUUGACCGUUUUCUACCCUAGAGAAGAGAUGGUUCAUCAAGGUCACACUACAGUGGGUUAUCUUCACAUGCAAAUGGUUGUUGCCCAUGGUGGUCGGUGUGCUGAGCGCAUCUUGUGUGGAGAAAAUAUUUCCGACGGAGGCCAAGAUGAUCUUCAGAAAAUAUCUGGGAUAGCAAGGGAGUUAACCAUUAGCUUGUCCAAUAGUACAUUUGGUCUGUUUCCAAUGAAAUGGCAAGAGACAUUGGAUCCUCCUAAGCGGCCUGAUGAAACAGACCUUAUCCCCAACGAGUGGGACAAACCUGGCUCUCAAAUCGUAAAUAUGUCAACAGAAUUUUCUGAGUUGUUCACACGAGAAGUGACCAAGUACAUAGAUGAGACUGAAGAGAAGGCCAUGGAGGCACUUCGAAAGAACGAGCAUAUCUUGAGAAGAUUGAGUGAGGAAUUGCUCGCGAAAACCAAGCUCAGCGGCUUUGAAGCGGAAGACAUUAUUCGAUCAAUGGAUCCGAUUAUGAUGGAUGACCCCUUACUAGAACCAAUGGACACUGAUGAAGACCGGGAGAGGGUAGGUCCGGGUAUGGAGGGUCGUUACAAAGAACUUGUUAUAUACCCUGCCCCGCUUCACAGAUGUUGAGGCUUCAUACAGUGCAAAGAAAGUAUAUCCGGCAGGUCGCUGCACUAGAUAUAGUAAGUCACUUAUGAACGAUUUGUAGGUGGAAUGAGAUGCGUGCUUUGAGAAAAGCGAAGUACGGUAAAUUGCAACGUUUGCAUAACAUUCCUGAAAUUUUGCUGUUCACACACUAACAUCUGAUCUGAUCUAAAUGGUACGGGAUUUCAUUCAAGAACGUAUGAUGAAGACUAAGAGUGACACCAGUAAGCUAUUGGCGUGGUGUUUUUGAAGGCCUGUCUCUGAUGAAAAGAUGGAAGUGAGGUGCAAGAGUUUGACUUUAGAUAGAGUAUUUAGGACGAACGUUUACAAGUGUUCAAAUUGCUUGUAUGGAGCUUGAGAAGGAACUGAAGAAGUAGAAACAAAUUCCACAGCUCUUUCUGAGAAUUUCAGACGUCUGACAAUGUAACCAGGUUCUUGUCAAUCCAACGUGCUAAUUGCAAAUAUUAUUGUCUUUAUUUUAGUCAGAAUACAUCUAGCUUGGAAUUAUUGGGUUCGAAAUCACCAAUUCAAUCGAUCUCCAUUGAUGUUCUCAAUGGUAUGCUGCUUGUCGCAGUGCCAUUAGCACAUGUUGAAAGAAAGGCGUAGGUCCACAAUCUGAAAGGUAUCCACAUCUAAUAUGCAGCCUUUCACGGAGAUUACAAUCUGUAUUCUACGUAGCUGAGUUCAUUGAAUUGAGCUUCGAUAAUCUAGGCUUAUUUUGUGA